UCAAUUUGAAAAAUGGAAGAAAGCGAUCGACAGCUGAUUGUCAAAAAUAUUUUGCACGCUGGAACGAAAUCCGUGGAUUUUCUCCCUGGAUCUAAGGUUUUCUUUCAUUUUCGAACGAUGAAACUCGAUGGAGCAGUUGUUGAUGACAGUAAAAAAAUAGGAAGACCGAUGGAACUGGUUCUUGGAAAGAAAUUUAAAUUGGAAGUCUGGGAGGCGAUCGUCCAGAAGAUGUCCCUCAACGAAAUCAGUAAAUUCAGGGUUGAUAAAAGUCUAGUGUCAUCGUAUCCAUUUGUUUCCAAGACUCUCAGGGAAUUUGGAAAACCCAAAAAUGAAAAAAUCAACAGCCACUGCUGCGGGGUGACACUGCAAAAUGAAGGGAUAGGAUAUCCUGAUCUAAAUGAUUUAAUAAAAAACUGCGAGGAUCUGGAAUUUAUCAUAGAAUUAAUUGAAGUCGUUCCUCCAAGUGGCUACGAGAAAGAAUCCUGGCAAAUGACUGAAGACGAGAAACUAAAAAAUGUGCCUUUGCUGAAGGAAAAGGGAAACGAAAAAUUCAGAGAUAAAAAUUAUGAAGGAGCUGCCGAGAAUUACGCGACUGCCAUUGGAAUGCUCGAGCAAUUAAUGCUGAGUGAAAAACCACACGACGAGGACUGGACAACUCUAAACAGAAUGAAAAUUCCUCUCCUCUUAAACUUCGCGCAAUGUAAAUUACUGAAAAAAGAGUAUUACGCAGUGAUUGAACAUUGCACAUCAGUAUUGAAAAUAGAUCCAGAUAAUGUUAAGGCCCUGUACAGGCGAGGAAAGGCCCACGUAGGGGCCUGGAAUGAAAAAGAAGCCCUUGAGGACUUGAGAAGAGUUGUGGAACUCGAUCCAACACUCAAAUCUACUGUUGAAAAUGAAAUUCAGACGUUUUUUAGUGCAAUUAAGGACAAGGAGACAGCGCAGAAGAAAAAUCUGUCUCAAAUGUUCUCUUAAUUUAAUUUUUAUGGGGAAAUUCUGGGAAUUUCCUAUUUGUGUGAAUAUUUAAUUGUAGAGAAAAUAUAAUAUGCGAAUGAAUGUGACGGUUUAUAUGAUUAUUUGGAACUAUUUAUGAUUUUAUU